AUGGAUAUCUUUAAAUGUAAAUAUCUAAAACACGAAAAUGAAGAAAUUAUUGGGUUUUGUUUGAAUCAGAAUUGUUAGAAUACAACCCUAUAUUGUUAUAAAUGUUUAAAUACUACUCAUUCAGAACAUAUCAACGAUUGUAUUCGAUUCACUGAAAUUAUCUAAAUUGCGAAUGAAUCCAAGCAAGUUUAUAAUCAAUUAAGGAAAUAAUUCAAAGAUAUCUCUAAACGAAUUGAGAAUUUAUUUGAAUAAUUUUAAAAAAAACUUGAUCAGGAAAUUACAACAUUAGAAAAUAUGACCCAAUAAAUUAAAAAUUAAGAUUAUUUGACUUUUAAGUCACAACUUCACAUACUCAAACAGUUUUACUCUGGAGAAAAAAAAAGUUACAGAUGUAUAAAAUAUUUAUUUAUUUAUUUAAGAAAUACAAAUAAUAUAAUUGAAUAACAUUAAUAAUACAAUAAAGAACAUGUUAUCUGGAGAAAUCAAGUUGGUGGUGAAUUUGAUUCUGUAAUUAAAAUGAUGUUAAACUAGUAGAAAUACAUUUGUAAAAUAAUUCUUAAUAGCCUUUGAAUUUAUAAGAAGCUGAAAAAUUAUUAAAUGAAGGUUUAAUAAUUAAUUUAUCUUAGGAGCGGCGUUAAAAAAAUUAAAUAAAUAUUAAGAAGCAAUUGAAUGCUACGAUUAAGUUAUUUCCAUUAAUCCAAAAUACUAUGUUGCUUGGAACAAUAAGGGUAAUUAAAAUUAAGACAUUAAUAUUUAGGAACAUCUUUAUAAAAUUAAAAAAAAUACUAAGAUGCAAUUGAAUGCUUUGACAAAGCUAUUACCAUAAAUCCAAAUUAUGAUGUUGCUUGGAAUAAUAAGGGUAAUUAAAUUUUAGACAUUAUUAUUCAGGUAAUGCAUUAUAAAAUUUAAACAAAUAUUAAUAAGCAAUUGAAUGCUAUGACAAAGCUAUUUCUAUAAAUAAAAAUUAUGAUGUUGCUUGGAAUAAUAAGGGUAAUUAACUGUUUGAUAUUCUUUUUUAGGCAAUCUAUUAUCAAAUUUAAAUAAAUAUUAAGCGUCAAUUGAAUGCUUCGACAAAGCUAUUUUCAUAAAUCCCAAAAAUGAUCUUGCUUGGAAUAAUAAGGGUAAUUAACUGUAACGCACUAUUAUUUAGGCAAUGCAUUAUAAAAUUUAAAUAUAUUUUAAGAAGCUAUAGAAUGCUAUGACAAAGCUAUUUUCAUAAAUCCAAAUAAUGAUCUUGUUUGGAAUAAUAAAGGUAAUUAGCAGUUAAAUUUAUUUUUCAGGUACUUCAUUAAUCAAUUUAAAUAAUUAUUAAGAAGCAAUUGUAUGCUUCGACAAAGCUUUUUCUAUUAAUCCAAAAAAUGAUAAUGUAUGGAGUAAUAAAGGUAAAUUAUUUUAUAAUUGAGGUUUCGCUCUACAUAAUUUAAAGAAAUAUGAGGAUGCUAUAAUAUGUUAUGACAAGGCUCUAUCCAUCAGCAUUACUGCUCUAAGAUUACAACGAAAAGGUAGGCUUUUUUAAUUUAAUUUAUUUUUAGCUGAUUCACUAUUUGAACUAGACAACAAAUAAGAAGCUAAAAAAACAUAUUAAGAUGCAUUGGAAAAAGGGUCAAAUCAUAAGAAUUAUAUAGAGAAAUAACUAUAAAAGUUAUGA